CAGCGAAGAUUGCAAAACCAACAGAAUCAAAAUAGAUUUCUAGUGAAUAGUUCACAGAAGUUCCCAAAUUAUUUAUUUAUUUAUUUGCAAAAAAGAAACUAAACAAAAUGCGUUUCCUAGUGUGUUGUGUUUUGUUGGCCGUUGUCGCCGUUGUUGCUGCUAUUCCUGCCAAUUUUGAGGAAGUACCACAAUCUUUAUACGAUGUAGAUGUACAAGGUCAUGAAAAUGUUGGUGAUCGUGAAGCCCGUCAAUUUGGCUACGGUGGUUAUGGUGGCUACCGUGGUGGUUAUGGCGGUUUCGGUGGCUACCGUGGAGGUUAUGGCGGUUUCGGUGGCUACCGUGGCGGUUAUGGUGGUUUCGGAGGCUACCGUGUCGGUUAUGGUGGUUUCGGUGGCUACCGUGGUGGUUUCUACGGUUAAACGGAUUAUAUUAUUUAAAUGAAAAUGCUCAAUAUAUGACUGUAUUACUUGUGAUUUAACGAAAAAAUUAUAAAUAUAAUUAUCCUUUUUUUGAAGGACAAACUAAAAAA